AUGAUUGCAUUGGGCUCAAACGUUGGGAACAGACCGCAGAACAUCCAAUCAGCUCUGAAGCUGCUGGAGACGAACAAGUGUCAGGUCCUAGCCACAUCCUUCCUCUACGAGUCGCCCGCCUCCUACGUGACCAAUCAGCCUUCUUUUGUGAACGCUGCGUGCAAGAUCGCGACAUCUCACGGGCCCGACGAGCUACUCAAGGUGUUGAAGGUCAUCGAGAAAGAAGUAGGAAGGCAGGAAAGAUUCAGGUGGGGACCUCGAGAGGUCGAUCUAGACAUCUUAUUCUACAAUCACUCGGUAUGCCGUCAAGUCUACGAGAACGCUGACCGGACGCUCACUAUUCCCCAUCCGCGGUUGUGCGAGAGAGACUUCGUCCUCGGGCCUAUGUGUGAUAUCGAGCCUGGAUGGAUCCAUCCGGUUCAAAGGAAGCCUGUUGUAUCUAUCCUCAAGGAAUUGCUGCAGAGCCAGAAGGCCGAUCGCUGCACUCUGAGCAGGAUCUUUCCUGUGAAACAGAGCGGUUCGAGCCGGGGAUCUUACACAAGCAUCAUGGGCAUUCUGAACGUCACGCCGGAUUCCUUCUCUGAUGGAAACAAGUUCUUCGACCUGCAGUCUGCGCUUCGACAGUUCAAGAACAUGGUGGCUGCCGGCGCAGAUGUCAUCGAUAUUGGCGGCCAAUCUACCCGACCUAAUGCCAAAUACUUGGAGGCCGAAGAAGAGCUCGAGAGGGUCUUGCCGCUGAUAGAGGCAGUGAGAAGAGAAGGGAUUGACACCCUAAUCUCGAUCGAUACCUUUCAUAGUGCGGUGGCAAAGAAGGCAAUAGAAGCUGGGGCAGACAUGAUCAAUGACGUUUCAGGUGGUCUCUUGGACCCCAAAAUGCUCGAAGUGGCGGCCGCUCUACAUGCUCCCAUCUGCCUCAUGCACUACAGAGGCAAUGCGGCGUCCAUGCAAGAUCUUUGCAACUAUCCUGAAGAUCUCGUUGCCGCCGUUGCGUCGGAGUUGCGCAGUCAGUGCAACGCGGCGUUGAAGGCGGGGGUGCCCAAGUGGAACAUUAUCGUCGAUCCCGGCAUUGGCUUCGCAAAGACAUCAGAGCAGUCGGUCGCUGUGCUGAGAGACGCGAGAAGGUUUCAGGACCUCACCUCCCCCUUUGGAGAUGUUGUACCGCGCGUUCCGCGAGUGGAGGAGCUCUCCUUGGAUCGAUCAUUCCCUCUCUUGAUCGGGCCCUCUCGCAAGUCCUUCAUCGGAAGCAUCCUGGAAGAGAAGGACGCGGCUAGUGAGAGGAGGCUCUGGGGGACUGCCGCCUCCUGUACUGCUGCAGUGCAGCAAGGAGCAAACUUCUUGCGGGUUCACGACGUGAAGCAGAUGAAAGACGUCGCUGCUAUCGCUGAUGCAAUUUAUAGAAGAGGAUGA